AAAAGUUUCGUCAUAAGGUGAUUGUUUGCCUAGUACUAAAACAUCGGUUUUAACACGGAAUUAACUCUCAAAAUACGAACAUUUUUGUGGAUUGUAUAAUGGUAAUACUUGUAUUGUUCGAAUCUAAUUGAAAAACGCGAAAAUUCAGCUCCUUUGGAAUAAUUUUAGAUAAUUUUAUUAGCUAGUUCAUAGCAAACAUGUGUCUCGUUUAGGCUUCGGGCUCGGUCGGUAGAGCUCGUAUCGUUGAUGGAAUACGUGCUUUUGGUGAAACGUGAAACAACAACGGCGACGCAUAUAAGAUAGGUGGCGUUGUGACACAACAAUUCAGGGUAAGGUAAGAAACCCUUCAUUUAUUUUUAUGAUUGUUUGGGGAAAGUUGAGAUAACAGUGAAAAUCCGAUAAUGUUUUGUUUGUGUUUUUGGAUGGACAAACGAAUGUGACAAAACUGCGCGCGGAUGACUGAAAACUGAUGUGAAAAGUGAACCGUUUUCUGAGGAAAUCGCUAACAGGUCUUUGAGGAAACCAUCCCAAUGUCAUGGCAACUAGAGUUAACAGAAAAAAUGCUCCUGCGACCUCUCCUAAGGAGGUAGUUGCGUCGGAAAAGGCGCAACAGAAGAAUGAAGCAUCGGCCGAUACACCUAAAUCCGCCGGUACACCUAAGUCAAUAGGUAAAAGAAUAGCCAAAAAUAACCCUAAGAAUAUAGUGAAGAAACCUUUACUAGGAGUCACGCUGAAAGCCAAAGGAAGAAAACCACUUAAACUUAACCCUCUAGCUAAAGCUGCGCUUCACUCCACUAAAAGUGCAGAGAGUAAAAAGAAACUUCUAAAAAACGGUGUAAAGGAAAAACGAUUCAGGAAAAGGAAGUUGAAUCAGAAAGAAUCAGAAGACAAUCCUCCUGUAUUGGAACCUAUCUUUCCAUUGGAUGAAAACGUAAAGAAACAACCUAAGAAAGGAGGAAGACCUAAGAAACGGGAAACCCAAUCAGAAACCACGGAACUGUUGGACGUUGAUGCCAUUAAAGUGGAACCAGAAGAUCCAACACAAAAAGAUACAAACAACGUACCACCAGUUCCAAAACAAGGAAAGAAGCGUGGUAGAAAGCCAAAGGUUCAAAAGGAGACAAUAGAAGAUGUCAUGAAGGACUUAUCGUUUCUUAUUAAAGCAGAGGAUAUCAAAACAGAAGUAGAUGAUUUGUCCGAGUCUUCCAAGAGUGAUAUAAUAACAAAACCUAAAAAGAAUAUAAAGAAAAUAAAGUUAGAUUUACUAAACAGUAACAUAACCAAAAAAGAAAAUUUAGAAAAUGCACCUGUUAAAUUUGACUCCUCUGCUGAGAAAAUAAUAGAAAUGUUAGAUCUGAAUGUAGCCACGUUAAAAAAGAAAAACCCAUCUAUUAGAAGACGUCAUAGUAUUGAGAAAUGUCCGUUUAGCCAAGGGGAUACGACUGAUACUCUUAACAUUUUUAAUCAUCUUCCUAGAAGCCUUAGUCCAAGGGCAAAACGGAAAGGAAAAGCAGAAGGUACUAGUAAUCGAUCUAGCCCGUACAGUACAAGAUCUGAUUCCCCAGCCAGAAUCUUAAGGAAUGGAAAGCAGAGAAAAUUAAAAUUAGGUUUAUUAGAUGGACUAGACUUGGAAGUGAAAAAAAGAAGACGGCUAGGUUCGGAAAUGGGUAGCGAAAUAGGUUUUAAAUUAUCAGGCUAUGAGUCAGAUAGUAGCUUUUCAGACUUAUCGUCCGUACAUGGAACUGAAAGUAACGAAGCCUUAAAAGAUGAAACUGAUACUAAGCCUAGCAUAAGCACUGCCUCAAAUGGACCAAUUGAUAGCUUAGCUCUAGUAGACACUAAUUCCAAUUAUAAUAACGUUACUAUUAAAACAGAAUCUAAUAUUCUGCCGGAAAAGGACGCUUUACUAGAUAUUAUGAAACAAGCUUUUAACGAAGUAGAUUUAAAGAAGAGUACCAAAUUUAAAGUCGGAACAGUGGUUAGCUCGAGAUUUUACGGUAAAAGGAGCUCGACACCGUCACAGGGUAAACCAGAAACAAUCAUUAAAGAUAGUCUAAUAAGUGAACCUGAAAUCAGAGAAAAAAUUGCUGACGAGGCUCCACCUCUUAUAGAAAACACUCAGGAGUAUUGUACGGCAGUGACUGAUGUUGCUGAAACGGUAACAGAAACUACAGAAAAUGUAGAUACUGAGAACAACAUAGUAGAUGACGCAGUUAAAUCUACAGAAGUGAUAACCCAAGAUACUUUAGUUAAUGAUUCAGAAGAAGUAAAACCUGAAACAACAGAGAAAGCUGCUGAAGAAGUAGAACCUGAAACGUCAGAUAAAGCUGAAGAAGUAGAACCUGAAACGACAGAUAAAGCUGAAGAAGUAGAACCUGAAACGACAGAUAAAGCUGAAGAAGUAGAACCUGAAACGACAGAUAAAGCUGAAGAAGUAGAACCUGAAACGACAGAUAAAGCUGAAGAAGAAAAACCUGAAACGAUAGAGAAAGCUGAGGAAGUAAAUAUUGAAUGUAAUAGUUACCCAGAGGUGGAGCAACAAUCAGAAGUGCCUGUUACCACAGAAUCUGAUACUAAAGUAGAUGACGCAGAAGCAAAAUCUAUGGCAUGUGAUAAUUUGGCGGUUGUUGAAGAUGUACAGUCAGAGUCUGUUGAUGAAAACCAAUUAGAUAUUGAAGCACCAAUUUUAGAACCAGAAGUUUUACCAGAAAUCGGACCUAAAGAAGAAGAAAAAUUACCUGAACCGGAAGAACCGUCUGAGGAAGCUACUGAGGAUGUAAAAGAUGUAGAAGCAAAAGAUAUUGUUAAUGAGGAGGAAAUGUUGCAAGAAGAGGAAUCAGAAGUUGUUGCCGAUAAUGUAACAGAACCAAUGGAGGAACAAAUAUCAGAAGUAGGGGAAGAAAAUUUGAAUACCAUAUCGACUGAGAAUAUUAAUGCUGUGAUUACUGAAAAUACUGUAGAAGACUAUAAUCUCAAUUUGGAAAAAGCUCCGGAGGAUAUAGCCGAGAAGGAGAGUAUUUUGAAGGCUUUAGGUCUUCAAAGAUCGGAAGUAACGGAUGAAUUCGUGAAACAAAAGACUAAGGAAAGGCCCUCGGGCUCCAAGGGUGAGAAUUACACUGGUACCCUAAAGACUGUGAUUAAAAUUAAUCGUGAUAAAAAGAAAGGGAGCAAAAGUUCUAUCAAAAGCUCGACGUUACACAAAAUUAAGUCGAAGAGUAACACCAGCACUGAAGAUGAACAACCGACUCUUGCAGAAGAAAACAGAUCAAAUAGAGAAAAAGAGGCAUCUUCAUCAUCGUCCUGGAAACAUGGACCACAAUCUUCAGACACGGCUGGUGCGCACAGAAAAUCACAUUAUUAUAACAGAUCUAACAUGGAUGGCAGCAGUGAGCAUACAUCUGACGGCGAAACAACGACUCAAGAUGGCACAAUUAAAGCUCUCGUUAUUCCAGAAAAGGCAAGUUCCUUCAGCAUACAUCCUGGACGAUUGUGUAAGGAUGAAUGCUCGUAUUGCUUUGGAAAAUUCGGUCUUUUUGACACUCCAUGCCAUAUCGCUCAAAUGAAAAGUGUAGAUAGACAGAAUAAGAUAUUAGCAACUGAGACACAUCUAACACGAGAUUCCUGUCUGUGUGAUGCUUGUUACCGACACGUAGAUCGAAAGUCAAAUACACCUUCGUACAUGAACAAAUCUCUCAAACGGAAUUCAUUAGUGGCACCAGGCCCUAGACAGAAUCACUGCCACGUUUUAGGAUGUAAUAGAGAAUCAUCGAAUAUACUGCGAAGAAAAUGGAUUAUAAAGAUGAGGAAAAGUAUUUGCCAAGUGAUAAACAUCGAUCUGGACAAUCCAGGACUACACUCUAUCCCGAUCUGUGACCAACACUACGCAGCCUUGGAACAUCUCAUGAUUUGCGCGAUGUGCAAAAGAAGAUUGGCCAGAAACCAUGUCCAAUAUUUGGGUCCAGAGACAACUGAGUUGAAUAGAGUUCUUAAUGAAAACGGAAUACCUCUUAAGUUGAAUGAUAAACCUGUAGUGUUGUGCAAACUGUGUAAAUGUUUUGCGACAAUUAUCCUGAAAAAUCCAGAUGAACGGGCUGAGACAAGCGUUAAUUUCCUUAACGAAUACAAAAAACGACUUCUCCAUUUCAAUGACAUCGUACCAAUGGACGAGUCCGAGGCUGAAGAACCAAUCAUCGUACCCAGUAGAGCAGAAAGGAUAGAAAAUCUGAAGAGAAAGAAAAAGCUGAUCAAAAACCCGGCCGCUGUAGAUCGUACGGAUGUAGAAGAUCAAGAAGAACCUGCCGCGAGGGAAGAAAGAGUACCUUCGACAGACACGAACAGCCAGUCUCGGUCGAGAUCAGAAUCGCCGAGCGAUGACUACAACGGAAUCGAUUACAAUACGCUUAUACCUGCCAUCGCGAUGGAAAUCGGAAGUGACACGGAAGGAAAGAGAGAUGGAAAGUCGCCGAAUAUGAUCAAAAAGUUAACCGAUAUGCAUAGAGAAGGAGUAGAAAUAGUAAAAAUCGUAAAGGCGGAAAAACCCAAAGGCGGCGAAGCGAGCACUAGCAAACUUGGUUUCAAUUCCUCUGUCUCAGUCCGACAGCUGUUUCCGGGAGAAGACGACCUUCCUUUAACGGGCAACAUAGAAUUUAAUAAUGUCAAGGAUAAAACUCCAGAAGGUUGGGAGAAGUGCUGUUCCGUCAUUCAGUAUGAUGAGGAAACGAAAAGACUAUGGCAGGAAUUGCAGAAACCGUAUGGCAACCAAAGCAGCUUUUUGAGGCAUCUCAUUCUUUUAGAGAAGUACUUUAGAAAUGGUGAUUUGGUAUUAUCACCUAAAGCUAGUCACCAUUCAAUCAAUUAUAGUGAAUCUGUGCAUAAUAGAUUAAGGGCGUACGACAACAUACCUACCAGUGCUGGCAACAUUCAACCUUUAAGUAUGCUUCCUUUUAAUAAAAUGUCCGGCAAAAGCAGUAGUAUUAUAUCCAGCGGAGUUACGCACCCAGCGUUGAACAGCUCAGUUUUCACCAUCUCCUCCAUCCAGAACCCGAACACUCCCAAACCAGUGGGCACUACCGGUAUGUCAGUAACCACCAUACCAAUCAACCAUGCGAAGAGUACGCCUUUAACUAUAUCUCAGCUCAACAGUCCGCCUUUACUUCCCUCUACUGCUACACUACAACCGAUCAACAGAGCAAAGAUGGCAGCGCCGCCGGGCUUGAUUUCCUUGCAUCCCGGAACUUCUAGGCCGGUAGCACCUUUGGUCAAAGUUCCUCAACCUCAGAAAAUUAAGUUCCCGAUCACGAAGAAUUGGAGACCCAAUUUGAUACCGAUUGAUCCUACCAAGAAGCAAGGAAGAAAGACUGGUUUGGUACAGGUAAUCUCGUGUGGUAAACCAUACCACAUAACCCUCGAAGACUACAAGAAGAUGUGCGCCAUCAAACGAAGUUUCGAGAUGAAGCAGCAACGUCUUCAAGAAGCCCAACCCAAAUCAAUCUUCGUCACCCACAAUUCCGUUCUCAAGUCAAUUACCCCUAGAAAGGGACUAGUUAUAUCCAAAACAGCGACUGUCAGCGCUCCGCCCAAACUGGAACCUCCCGAGCUAGUUCCAGAAGGUGAGAAUAUUCUAGACAAACUUGACAAACAGGUGGAAAAGUUAGAAUCUAAGUUAAACGAGAAAUCUUAUAUUCCUAGAAUCCCGAAAUCGUUGACUGUUAUACCGCAGACAGUGACCAAGAGGACGUCGAGGCCUGCGAGUCCCGUGUUACUCAUCACACCCAAGAAUAGCAGUGGCAAGUCAUGAUUGCAUUCAAUGACAAUUGUUCAAAGUGCCUAUUAGAUAUUUGGUGAGUUGGUAGAAAUUUGGAAGUACUUUAUUACCGAGUAUAAAAAUUAUUAUAUUAGCCAUGAUAAUCGAUGUUCAUUUUUGAUAAUUGUCAUGGAACUGUUGAUUUUUAUUCAAAUUUUAAUAUGGUUGCCAGUUUUUAGACAACUCGACUAUUUUAUUGAUUCCUUGCAAUAUUUAAAAUACAUUUCAACUUUGUUCUUUAUUGAAAAAUUAAAAAAGACUGUAUGACUUGUACACACUUCUAAAUGUAGGUCAUAUUGGCAAUCAAGUGUAUGUUCUCAAAAAAAUUGAUAGGUUGUAAAAUUAUUUAUUAAAUUCAGCCAAGUACUUUCAGCAUAGCACAUGCCAUCGUCAGAGCUUCUUGUUACAGGUCGUAAAUGACUCAUAGAAGAGUAAUUGAAUGGUGGGCUACAACAAUGUUGUAAGCGACAGAAUUGAGAUUACACAGGAGAUGAAAAAAACAUAUUGACAAGCUAUUUAUGAACAUACGGAUACCAACAUUGCGGUACGAAAAACUCGGGGAAGGCAAAAUGUUUUUAGCCAGAUUGAAAGAUGCUCGUAUUGGUCUUUGGAUAUACAAUAAUAUUGCAUUAAAACCUCACUUUGACCCAAUAUGUCGCUUACAACAUUUUUGUAGCCCACCAUUCAAUUGUUGAAAUAUAACAUUAAAUUUUUUUUAUAAAUGUGAUGCAGGGCUAAGCCUUUGAGCUAGGGUAAAAACCUUUUUAAAUAUUAAAAUUUCACAUCUGAUGUGAUUAAAACACUACAAUGUAGUGUCCAUGUGUGAAAUUUUAAUAUUUAAAAGGGUUUUCACCCUAGAUCAGAGGUUUAACCCUGUAUCCAAUUUUUAAAAAAAUAAUUGAUGGAUUCGACCGUUACUUGAUGGAAGUUCAUUUUAUCUAACAAUAAAACACUAAAAACAUUUGUUUUCUAUACUUCCACAAAAUUUAUUACAACUAUGUGACUACAGCUAUUUCGGCAGAGUGCCUUUCUCAAGUGAUUUAGUUUACUAUGUGUUUGCCUUUUUAAAGUCUUUAACUGAAGAGGUUGAGGAGUGGGGAGCUGUUUAUCUCGAGUUGAUCAUUCAGAAUUAUGUCUUUAUUUUUCAAUUUAUUAAUUUCCAUAGAUUCUAACAAAGAGAGCUUAAGGCCUUUAUUUGGAAUAUGCAGAAUUUUAAACUGUUCAUUAAAAGAAUGAUUAUGAUCUAGAAGAUGAAGUGCGUAUGUAGAAGUGUCUGUUUUUCUAUUGUUGAAAGCCCUUUUGUGUUCUGCUAUCCGUUUGUCAAAGGUUCUGCAAGUUUUACCGAUGUAAGUUUUCUUACAGUCGCCACAAGUUAGUUUGUAAACACCACUCUGUAGUUGUUUUCUCUUUCGGCUCUUAUUGUUCUUAAUAUAUUUGCUUAAUUUGUUGUUAGUUCUGAAAGCUGGUUAUUCCUUUCUUUUUUAUGUAUCUGGCUAUUUUUGUUGUUAUCUUUCCAGUAUAUGUGAUAGAGCAGAAGGUACUGGGUUCUUUCUGUGGUGGUGGAUAGACUAAUUUCAGGGCUUUCUUAUGGAGUUUUUGGUUUAAAAUUGUUUUAAUUGUUUGUUCGUUAUAUCCAUUGUUUACUGCUAUUUGUUUAAUGAUGUUCAGUUCUAUUUCGAAGUUAUUUUUUGACAUGGGAAUUUCUGUCAGUCUAUGUAUCAUGCUAUGGUAGGCUGCUAAUUUGUGUUGUGUAGGAUGGGAUGAGGAAUUGUGUAUAGUUGUAUCAGUAUGGGUAGGUUUAUGAUAUACGGACAACUCAUGUUUGUUGUGUAGUCUGGUAAUUGUUACAUCUAGAAAGUUUAUGGACUUAUAUUGAGUAAUAUUGAGUUUACAAUAGAAACAGAACAGAAUAAGUCCAUAAACUUUUUAGAUGUAACAAUUACCAGACUACACAACAAACAUGAGUUCUCCAUAUAUCAUAAACCUACCCAUUCUCAUACAAAUAUACACAAUCCAUCAUCCCAUCCUACACAACACAAAUUAGCAGCCUACCUUAGCAUGAUACAUAGACUGACAGAAAUUCCCAUGACAAAAAAUAACUUCGAGAUAGAACUAAACAUUAAACAAAUAGCAGUAAACAAUGGCUAUAACGAACAAACAAUUAACAAAAUUUUAAACCAAAAACUCCAUAAGAAAGCCCUGAAAUUAGUUUAUCCACCACCACAGAAAGAACCCAGUACCUUCUGCUCUAUCACAUAUUAUACUGGCAAGAUAACAACAAAAAUAGCCAGAUACAUAAAAAAGAAAGGAAUAACACCAACUUUUCAAAACUAA